UCCCCUGACAUUUGGAAACGUCCUCCAUGGCUAAUGCAGUCCCAGGAGCCUUCUGAAGCCAGCGAUUCACCCGCCAGCAUACAGUUCUCCCUUACUGACCUUUGGAUCUUUUCAAGAGCCACCCACCAAUAAUUAAUUUAAUUACAGAAAAAUAUCUGAAAACAAAGCCACUCUCAGUUCCCAAUGUCUUCAGUUCGCGGACGAAUGGCGAACCUAGCCAACUCUGUGUGCUUGAAGAACUCCGUUUCUCUCUGGUCCCCUCUUCAAUCCCCAGCAGCUCACCGCUCUUCUUCAAUCGGAUUCAGAACCUUCCGCAGAAGCUACGUCGUUUCGUCUUCAUCUUUCUCCAAUGAGAACCGGGAGUUUGUGAUUGUUGGUGGUGGCAAUGCGGCUGGCUAUGCGGCAAGGACUUUCGUCGAACACGGAAUGGCCGAUGGACGCCUUUCGAUCGUAUCCAAAGAGGCCCAUGCUCCUUAUGAGCGUCCAGCCCUGACAAAAGGAUAUUUGUUCCCUUUAGAUAAGAAGCCAGCACGAUUACCUGGGUUUCAUACUUGUGUUGGAUCUGGUGGGGAGAGGCAAACACCUGACUGGUAUAAAGAAAAUGGGAUAGAGAUGUUCUAUGAAGAUCCGGUUUCAAAUAUUGAUAUCGAAAAGCAGACCCUGACUACAAAUUCUGGCAAACUGCUUAAGUAUGGAUCACUGAUAGUCGCCACAGGAUGUACAGCCUCAAGGUUACCAGAGAAAAUUGGAGGAAACCUACCUGGUGUUCAUUAUAUCCGGGAUGUUGCAGAUGCUGAUGCACUAAUAUCUUCACUGGAGAAAGCACGGAAGGUGGUUGUUGUUGGUGGUGGUUAUAUUGGUAUGGAGGUUGCUGCUGCUGCUAUUGGUUGGAACCUUGAUACAACUAUCGUAUUUCCAGAUAAUCAUCUUUUGCAAAGGCUGUUUACUCCUUCACUUGCCCAGAGAUAUGAAGAGUUCUACCAACAGAAUGGUGUUAAAUUCUUGAAAGGUGCCUCAAUUAAAAAUUUAGAAGCUGGUGUUGAUGGACGUGUAACAUAUGUUAAGCUUGACGAUGGAUCUACUAUAGAAGCAGACACAGUAAUUAUUGGUAUUGGCGCAAAACCUGCUGUCAGUCCUUUUGAAGGGGCGGGCUUGGAUUCCAGUGUUGGUGGUAUACAGGUUGAUGGUCUGUUCCGGACGCGUGUACCUGGAAUCUUUGCAGUGGGAGAUGUUGCAGCAUUCCCCUUGAAGAUGUAUAACCGUAUAGCGCGAGUUGAACAUGUAGAUCAUGCUCGUCGUUCUGCACAGCAUUGCGUUAAAGCUUUACUGAGUGCACAAACUGACAUAUAUGAUUAUCUCCCAUCUUUCUACUCGAGGGUAUUUGAGUAUGAAGGAAGCCCCAGGAAAAUUUGGUGGCAAUUUUUUGGGGACAAUGUUGGAGAGACCAUUGAAAUUGGUAAUUUUGAUCCCAAGAUUGCUACUUUCUGGAUAGAUUCUGGUAAAUUGAAGGGUGUUCUUCUUGAGAGUGGAAGUCCCGAGGAAUUUCAACUCCUUCCGAAACUUGCAAGGAGCCAGCCUAUUGUUGAUAAAGCCAAGCUUCAGAACGCAGCUUCAGUUGAGGAAGCACUAGAGAUUGCCGGGUCAUCGUUAUAGGCCGAAAGCUGCAGUAUAGCGAGGAAAAGAGCAGCUUGUUUAUGUACUGUUAAUCAAAACCCGAAAGAGUUUUGCAGGAGUAUGCAGAGAAAGAGAGAGGUUGUAUAAUUCCUUUGUGGGAUUUUUGUAGAAAUGUCACCUGAACUUAUACAUUAGUUUCAAUUUGUCACAUUAAAAAAAAAAUUAGGCGAAAUGUCACCUAAAGUUUUCAUAAUCCAUGAUUUGUCACCUGACUUU